AUGCUUAGACCGGUGGGUAUGACAGCGCGCCACCUCGCCACUACACCAUUGAUAGCACCCUUGGGACGACACCAGCUACACCGCACAAAUUAAAGGGGGGCACCAUGAAGGCCUCGCCAGCACGUUAACGAUGGUUUGUUGAUUUGAUCGAGGGUGGUUGGUCAAAAUUGACCUUUGGUCCGAUUUAAAAAAAAAAGUUUUUUUUAAUUCAAAAUAUAUACACAAACCUAUCCCAAACUAAAACACACACCAAUCACAAAAAAAAAAAAAAAAAAAAAAAAACAUAUAAAUGCUACCCAAUCAUUCUUUAGAAUGUCAUAUGAUUCGUCGAGCUCUUCAUCCGACAGUGUUCUUGACGAUAUGAUUAUCGCAAUUACGCAGGAGACGAUUAAUUAUUUACGAGAAAAAGCCCAAUCAUCUACAUCGCGUACCAGACAACCGGCUCUUGAACGUGAUCGGCUAGGUGACCAUGAACGUUUAAUGGAAGAUUAUGUUUGUGAAAAUCCGUUGUACGAUGAUGUCCAGUUUAGGCGUAGGUUUCGUAUGAGCCGUCGUCUUUUCCUAAAAAUUUCUAAUGAUCUUGCGAGCGAAUUCCCUUUUUUCACACAAAGAGAAAGUGCUAAUCACAAAGUUGGUUUCUCUGGAGUACAAAAGUGUACUCCAGCAAUUAGGCAACUAGCGUACGACACAGCGAGUGAUGCGUGGAAUGAAUAUUUAAGGAUGUCGUCAAGAAUGUGUCGUGAUUCUCUUGAAAAUUUCUGUGAAUGUGUUAUCUUCUGUACGGGAGGCGAUAUUUGAGGAUGCCAUCCGCUGCCGACAUUUCACUUUUAUACGAGGCCCAUCAGCGGAUACACGGGUUUCCUGGGAUGUUGGAUAGUCUUGAUUGCACGCACUGGGAUUGGGCGGCAUGUCCAACCGCUUGGAAAGGGCAACGCCAUCGUUGUGACCACGAUGGUCCUACCCUAAUAUUAAAAGCGGUCGCGCCUCAAGAUUUAUGGAUUUGGCAUGCGUACUUUGGCAUGGCCGGUGCGAACAAUGACAUCGCAGUUUUACAAUCUUCGAAUCUUUUCGACAAUGUCAUAGAUGGUGUUGCACCAGAUACUUCAUUCUAUGCAAACGACGUGGAGUAUAAGUAUGAGUACUAUCUUACAGACGGUAUUUAUCCGAAGUGGGAGACAUUGGUGAAAACUCUUUCAUGACCAAAUGACGAAAAAAGAAUGUAUUUCUAGAAGAAACAAGAGUCAACAAGAAAAGAUAUUGAGCAGGCUUUUGUUGUGUUAAAAAAGAGAUGGUCUAUCAUCGCCCAGUCGUCGAGGAUACUUGAAUAAAGUAAAAUGAGAAACGUCAUGUAUACGUGCAUCAUUUUGCAUAACAUGAUAUUGGAGGACUCGGGUAGAGCGUUUUGUGGAGAAAGUUAUGAUGAAAGUAACCAACCGACGAACCCACUACUAACAUACACUGAAAAAGAAGUUAUAUGAUCGAAGAUACGUGACAGGAACACACACCAUAACCUUCGAGCUGAUUUGACCGAGCACCUAUGGUUUUAUCGUGAACAAGGAAGAGACGACGAAAACGAAGAGUGAGUUUGUAUUUGUUAUUUUAAUAAUGACAUUUUUUUAUUUAAAUAAUGGCAUUUUAUUUUUAUUA